AUAGCUGUAUAUGACUGGCUGGCUGGUUGGCUGCUGCUGCUGCUUCUGGCUGUCUGUAUAACAACAACUGGACGACUGACUGGCUUUUUAGUGUUUUUCUUGUUAGAGUUUGCCGUCCUUUUUCAGUAUGAAAUUGAGUUUUGUGUAGUUAAGUCAGCAAAAGUUUCCGUAUUAUAAUUAUAAAUUCUCUAAAAAAAAAAAAAUAUUUUAACAAACGUGUGAGAACAAAAAAUAUUUAAAAUAAAAAACAACAUCAAAAGUUUUCAAAUCUUUAAAAAACAAAAUUAUUGUAUUAAAGUUAAUGAAACCAAACAUAAUAUUAUUAAUAAAAUAUUGUUUAAUAAAUUCAAAAAUAAAGCAAAUUGUAAUAAUAACAAAAAUAAAAAAGUUUAUUGCAAAAAAUCAAACUAUACAUAUAAAAUAUUGAAAUAAAUUUUUAACCAAUAAGCUACAAAAUAAAGUGUAAAACUAUUUAUUAAUAUUAAAAGAAAAAUUACAAAUUAUUAUUAAAGUUAAACUUAAUUAAUCCAAUAUUAAAAACCUCAACAAAAAACAACCAUCAAACAAACAACCUUUCAAACAAAUAACGAUGAACCGCGGUUUACAGCUCAAGCCAGCUGAUAGUGAAGGCCGCAGCGAGCAUAAUAUAGAUCGCAAACUAUUCGUUGGCAUGUUGAGUAAACAACAAACCGAAGAGGAUGUUAGACAAAUUUUUAAUCCCUUUGGCACUAUAGAGGAGUGUACCAUACUCAGAGGUCCGGACGGUGCUAGCAAGGGUUGUGCUUUUGUGAAAUUUAGUUCGCAGCAAGAGGCUCAAUCAGCCAUUACUAAUCUACACGGCAGUCAAACUAUGCCGGGUGCUUCCUCUAGUCUGGUAGUUAAAUUUGCUGAUACGGAAAAAGAAAGGCAAAUACGGCGUAUGCAACAAAUGGCCGGUCAUAUGAAUCUGCUUAAUCCAUUUGUCUUUAAUCAAUUUGGUCCAUAUGGAGCUUAUGCGCAGCAACAACAAGCUGCUUUAAUGGCUGCCGCUGCCACAGCCCCUGGUUCAUAUAUGAAUCCCAUGACUGCUUUGGCCACUCAAAUACCUCCUGGCAUUAAUGGUGCUGGUCAACCAUCAUUACCCUCACCGACCAUGCCCAAUUUUCAAAUGGGUGCCCAGACACCAAAUGGACAGCCAGGCAGUGCUGCUGCUGCCGCCGCUGCAGCUGCGGCUGCUGACGGUGUCUUCACAAAUGGUAUGCCACCACAGACACCAUUCCCAGGACUUUUGGUAACACUUGCAGCACCUCUACAUUUAACUAUACCACCCCAAGGCCUGCCAAAUGGUGAAGCAGCUGCUUUACAACAUGCCUUUGCCACUGGCAUGCCACCAUUCCCUGGAGUUGCCUUUCCCGCCGUUUAUGGACAUAUUCCACAAGCUUUACCACCACCAAUAGCGGCGGUUGCACCCGCUCCACGUGAAGAUUUUCUGAUGUUCCCAGGAUGUUCGAUUUCGGGUCCCGAGGGCUGCAAUCUCUUCAUCUAUCAUUUGCCACAAGAAUUUGGUGAUGCUGAGCUAAUGCAAAUGUUCCUGCCAUUUGGCAAUGUGAUCAGUUCGAAAGUAUUUAUAGAUCGUGCUACAAAUCAAAGCAAAUGUUUUGGUUUCGUUUCAUUUGAUAAUCCUGCCAGCGCUCAAGCUGCCAUUCAGGCCAUGAAUGGCUUCCAGAUUGGCAUGAAAAGACUGAAGGUACAAUUGAAACGGCCCAAAGAUGCCAGUCGACCCUAUUAACAAUCAGAGUUCCUUCAAAUGUUACAUUCUUUUCACAACUCUUUAAAUCUACAAACAUUCACUAAAUUAUUUAUGCAAUUUUAUAUUUUACAAAUCGAUUCCUCCACUUCCUCCUCCACCACCACCACUUCUUCUUCAUCUUCAACUUCUUCUACUAAUCCUUUUAUUACUCAACAACAACCCCGCCUUUAUCAUCACAAUAAUUUGCUUCCCUGGCAACGUUAGAGAGAACCAAAAAAAGAUAAUUUAAAAACCAACUAAAAAUUCAAAAAAAAAAAUAUAAAAAAAUUCCACAAAAAAAAAUAAUAAUUAGAACAAAAUUGCAAACAUACAAAAAAGAAAGUUGAUUAUUCAAAAGAGGGGAAGACAUCAUUAAUUUUAUUAUUAAUUAUUUAAUAACAAAAAUAAUAAUAAUUAUUAUUAUUAUUACAACAACAUUUCAUCAUUAUAACAAACAAAUAGAUGAGACUCCAGCAUUAAAAGAAAAUAUUCCUGAAAUUUUUUCCACACAAAAACACAGACAUACCAACCAUAACACUUAUUCAACUACAAACCAAGUAUUUUACACACAGUAAUUACAAACCAAAAAAUAAAUAAUAAUAUUAAAACCAAAAAAAAAAUUAUAUAUAAACUUAUAUUUAUUCCGAUUAUACACCUUUAAAAUGAAGAAAACAAAACCAAACACUGAACUUAAACAAAAAGAAAAGAAAAAAACUAAACAUUUUUUUGCCAAAGUAUCGUAAAAAUAUAUUUAUUAACUAAUGACAUUAAAACAACAACAACAAAAAUUAUUAUAUUACAACUAGUUUUGUUAGAGAUUAUUGAAAAACAAACCAAAAAAAAAGAAA